AUGGACUGGUUGGGGCGGUUUAGAGGCCAAAUCUUGUGCAAAGAUCAGAAGGUGGUGCUACGAGGACCCAGCGGGAAAAGAGUGUCAUACCGUGGAAAGAUGGAAGAACCCGGAAUUAAGCUGGUGUCUGUGACAAAGAUGAAGAGGUAUUUGGAUAAAGGCAAUGAGUUGUACUUGUGUUCGGUCGAGAACUUGAAGGCAAAAGGAGAGGUAGCUCAAUCUAUACCCGUAGUCCGUGAAUUCCUUGAUGUAUUUCCCGAAGAAAUACCGGGUAUGCCUCCUACUAGGGAAGUGGAGUUCUCAGUGGACCUUAUGCCAGGCACUGCACCCAUUUCUAAGGCCCCAUAUCGUUUGGCUACGCCAGAAAUGCAUGAGUUGAAGACCCAAUUGCAAGAACUCCUUGAUAAGGGCUAUAUCCGGCCAAGUACAUCACAUGGGGAGCUCCGGUCUUGUUUGUAA